CAAGUAUUUUUUAAUGAUUAAUAAAUUAUGAGUUCAAAUAAGAUUUAGAUAAUUAGAUUUAAUGUGAACUUUGAAUUAACGAAUAUUUUGAUCUUUAGAAUAUUUUCAAAUGACUUCAAUGAAAAACUUCACACAAGUUGAAGUCACUGGUGAUGCUGAUGCUGUUACCAGUGAAUUAUAUGUUGAAAACACGAUUGAAAAUCCUGCAUGGUAUACAGUUGAAGAUAAUCAUGUUUCUUUGGUAUCUGAAAAUAUUGAGAAAGUCAUUAAGCUUGAAACUGAUGUGUUGGAUGAUUGUAUAUGGGAAAGUAGAAUCGAAAUUACUAAAUAUGCUGACAACCAAAGUAAUAUGGAGUUACCCUUGGAAAGUCAGGUAAUAUCUUUUUUAAAUAAUACAUUCUUGUUGUAUGCGGUUUAUCGCUUUAAAUCACCUAGUAUUGUACCUACGUUAUUAUUUUUCACAAGUCAGAUAAAAUAUUUUACAACAUUUAACUUGAUAAUUCUAUUGGCUAUUCUGAUUAAUCUGUGACAGCAACAAAAAUAUUUUAUUUAAAAAAAUAUGCAAUUAUCAGUCAUGAA